AUGGGCCUUCUCUACCUUCUCAGCUACGUAGCGGCUGUCGUGGCUGUUGUAUACGUGGUCUUAAGUCUUGCCAGUGGACUGUUGUGGAUCGCCGAACUCAUCGAGGAGCAUUCACGGCUGGCCAAGACGGUGGGCCAACGAGCAAUUUGGGUCAUUGUUAUCAUCCAUUUGCUCCUAUACUUUGAUGGUCUUCCUCCAACACAUAUCGCAUUCUCCAUAUUCUGCCAUUUCGUCUACUCUCGAAACAUAACACCCCGCUGGCCUUUGAUAUCUCUCACGUCACCCUCUUUCAUCCUCUCCUGCAUCUUCGUAUUUGUGGAUCACGCUCUGUUCUUCAAUUACUUCUCCCAGCAAAAGAAACUAGCUAGGCAAAGGGGCAGAGCACCUCUGUAUUACCGAGAUGCUCCAAUCUUUGCGAAUGGCCGAGAGUACAGUUUCGGAGAAAUUGCAACAUUCUUUGCCAUUUGCGUCUGGGCUAUACCUCUCUUCCUGUUUCUGGGCCUCAGCGCCAAUGAAAAUACGCUCCCGAUACAACAAACCACGGAUAUGAGUGGGUCCUCGACUGCGGGUCGUGGAGAGGCUCGCACCCGGGCAUCCCUUUUACGGAGGAUAUUAGAUCCACUCUUGUCACUACUUCCGAACAUACAAAAUAAAAGGCAAGAAGGUAUUAUUGCUCCGGCCUCUCCAAUUGCUCCUGCAUCAUAUCCAACGUCGCCUGGUGGCAUGUACGGAACACCUCCGUCUCCAGGGAUAAAUGGAACCUGGGUUACUAUUCAUGGCCAGAGUUAUGUUACUGGCCCUGCUAUUUCUUCUCCUCCGCCUCCGCGGGUGCGAAGAACAGUAGUACGAGAUAGCUCAAGAACGGGAAAGGAGGACUAA